AUGAGACUCACCCAAGCUAUCCCUGCAGCAUUGCUGCUCAAGCGUGCCAUGGCCCAAACACCCGGCCCUGGUCCGGCGUUGGUCACUCCCGUUCCCGACCCUGCUCUCAGGAACCAGAGCAACAACGCAGACCCUCCCGAGCCGGAUCCGAACGGAAUAAUCUCUGUAAUUACGGAUGACUAUCUUGUUUAUUGCCCGGAGCCUACCGAGAUCGUUCACAAGAACGUCACUUACACAGCCGAGACGGCUCCUACCUACGUAACCAUCACGAACUGCCCCUGUGAAGUUACCUAUAGCCAUCCUCAGCCCACCUAUCCCCCCAUCAUCAAGAGUUCGGUCCAGGGAAGCGAGACUCAGAUAGUCACUCAGUAUCCUCCCCCUGAGAAGCCCGUCUACCCUGCUCCCGGAAAGCCUGCGCAGCCUCCGCCUCCUCCAGCCCCCGGAAAGUCGGCUCCUCCAGUUCCUCCUGUGCUGCCUCCGCCUCCGCCUGGAAAGCCAACUCCAGUUCCAGUCCCUCCAGUUGCCCCGCCGGCUCCUCCCGCCGAACAGCCCGCCUCUCCCGCUCCCGCUCCUCCGGCUGGACCUACAACUCAGCCUCCAGCCCCGCCUGUUCGGGCCGCGGGUAGCAAGGUCACAAGCAAGGCUUUGGGUGCUUUCGUCAUGGCUGGUGUUGCCGCCUUGGCCGUCUAA